AUGGCUGCCGCUCAGGUUCGUGGCGUUCAUCUGGUCGGCAGCGUCUGCCUCCCUUCUGCCGAGGAUGUGUUCCGCAAGAGCGUCGAGCUGCUUCCCGGCAGACUGCGGAGCAUCCCUGACGGUGAGACGCAGCACCGUGCAAACUUCACUUUUUGGCAGUGUGGCGUCUUCAAGGCCGCCCCUCAAGUCCUCCGCGAAUAUGACGCAACCUUCAACACGGUUCCCAUGACUUCGGUUCCCUCAGACGAGGAAAUCCAGCGUGUCGUGAAGAGUCUUCCCGAGCUUCACACCGGCUACGACCUAGUCGCCAUCGAGUCAUACGAGCUCUUUUCCAAGCUCCGGAAGGAGGGCGCUAUUCCCAAAGGUGUCAAAUUCCAGGUUUCUCUCCCCACACCGCCCAAUGCUUUGGUCCUCAUCGCGGAACCCUACCAACCCGCCAUCGAGCCGCUGUACGAAGCUGCUCUUGUGCGCGACCUAAGGAAGAUCGAGCAGGCUAUCCCGCCCGAGGAUCUCCUCAUCCAGUGGGACGCUGCUGCGGAAUUCGCCAUGCUGGAAGGCGCCAUUUGGCCCCACUUCAAGCCGUGGUUCUCGCCCGUUCGUGAGCACCUCGAACAACAGCUCGCACGCCUAACGAAUGCGGUCAGCCCACAGGUUGAAAUGGGCGUCCACCUAUGCUAUGGCGACUUGGGUCAUCGCCACUUUUUUGAGCCCAAGGACGUGGGGCUUCUCGUUGAUGUGGCGAACACUCUCAUAAAAAACACCCAAAGGCCCAUAUCCUAUUUCCACAUGCCCGUUCCCAAGGAAAGAGACGACACUGAAUAUGUCGCCCCUCUCAAGAAUCUUAGGCUAGGUCCAACCGAAUUGUACUUGGGAGUCGUCCACGCUGGUGAUGAGGAGGGAACGCGCCGCAGAAUCGCGACUGCUUCGCAAGUGGUCAAAGAGUUCUCCGUAGCAACUGAGUGCGGUCUGGGAAGGACGCCCCCAGAGGACUUUGCGUCUAUCAUGUCCAUCGCCGCUGCAGUUUCCGCCCCGCUUCCUAGCUUGGAUCCAAAUGGUUCCCUGAAUGGGUCGGCGAAUGGUUCCUCGAGGAAUUGA